UUGCCACGACAUGAGUACAUGAGGUCACGUAGUGUAAUCUUGUGGAAUUAAGUCUGUGUCUAAAGGAUAUAUGAGUGUUGGGUAUGGUGUUCAAAUUAAUUUGGAAAUGUGUGAAUGAAUGUUCCAGCCAAGGGCUUCCGGCUUCCGGUUGAUGCAAAGUGACGCUACGAUCACGGUGUUCCUUUUUUUUUUAAUGUUGCCAGUUCUUCGAGCCUGCCCAGAAGAUUUUCUAGGUGGUGUGCAUUAAAAGCCUGCUCGUUUGCUGUUUCGAGGUUGUCACGCGUCAGCGGUUAGCAGCCUUCGCAGUGGUAACUCUGACUUUUGACAGGUCAGGUCAGGUUACUUUACCAUCAGGUGUAGCUCUUUGGCAGUGAAAGUCCGAGAAGAGGAGCAGGUGUAAGGAUCACUUGGUUUUACCAUAGCAAGAAGCAGAAAAGGCACCACACCGGUACUGUAACCACACCAAUCGACUAGUCUACCGUGGAAGAAAGACUGAAGAAAAUUGAAGAAGAUCAGUAAGUGAGAGUGAGAUGAAUCCUCCUGAGCGUGUAAUCGUAAGUGGUGCUGGUGCUGGUGCUGGGGCUGGGGCUGGGGCUGGUGAAGGCCAGAGUGAGGCUAGUGCUAGUGCUAGUGCAUGUAGUAAUAGUGCUAGUGCUAGUGGUAGUGGCACUGGCAACCGUAAGCGCAAGACUCCUGAAGACUCUGGCGCCGCAUUGAUGUUGGAGCGUAAGCGUUCGAUCAGUCGCAAGAGCUCUCAGCGGAACCGCGAGAAGCAGCGGAGUAUGCUGGAUACUCUUCAGACCAAGCAGAAGGUCUUCAACCAGAAGAACCGUGCGAUCAAGAAGGACAAUGAAAGACUCAGAGAACACAUUGCCGCAAUCAAGCGUUGCCAAGCUCAGGGAUUGCCAAUUCCAACUGCCGAGAUUCAAGCUGCCAGAAGAACCAUCUCCUCAGACCCCACAAGCACAAGCACAAGCAAGCCCACCUCUUCCAACAGCAACAGCAACAGCAACAACACUACCAAUGGCACUGGAACUCCUACGGCCACUUCUGCUGCUGUGGCGGCUGCAGCUGCUACUGCUGCGACUACCAACCAUGUCAAUGCCCUGCUUUCCAGCGCCAUGAAUGCUGGCACUAGUCCUAGUGCUGCUACUGCUGCCACACGAAGGGCCUUGGGCAUGUCAUCUCUACUCCUGGGAGCAGGAGCUGGCAAUCCAGAUCACUCUCUAUCCAUGCAAAUGCCAAUCCAAAUGUCCAACAGCUUGUCCAACAGCUUGUCCAACCUACAUGUUCCGGUAGGAGCAUUGCUUCAACAUGAACAGCUAGCCUUGCUGCAGCACCUACAAGGUUCUGCUGGCGCUAGUAGCACUAGUACUCACCAUACUAGCUUGGAUCUACACAAUGCGCUACCGCUACACCAUCAGCAACGCUUCAACAUGUCACAAGCAUUCCUGCCCUCUCAUGCCAGGGCUGCCGCUGCAGGAUCCAUGUUGGGAUCAAUCAACCCAGCUCUUCUACACAACCUUGCAAAUCACAACGAAAACGAUACCACAAGACGCUUGCUCAUGCAAUCCCUAUUGGCACAACACUCGAACCCAUCAUCCGCCACUACCGGUACUGUCGGUCCCAUCGAUGCUCCGAACACCGCUACGGCCUCGAACCGAGCCAGAUCUGCUGACCCUCCCGGCAAUAGAGCUGCAAACCAGUACAACUGCUAAAAACAGAGAUGCAGACUUUCUUACUUCAUGACUAGUACACACAGACCCAGCCUACCGGUAUGAUACAGCAUUCUUGAUGGCGUGCGGCGGAAUGGAUGCUUCCGUACAUGUACCGUACUUCUAUACUAUACUAUAAUAUUCAUUACAUCUU